UGCACAGUUCGCUCCGCCCCUACGAGGGACCGCAAUGAUUUAGAAGUUCAGGAAUCCCACGUGACGUCACCAAAGGGUGAUGUAAUGCUUCUCUAAAUAGAUCGUAUUGUAAUCUUUCCUCAGUCCAACGUGGUUCCUUCAGAAAGUGUGCUGCAUCUUCUCCAGACUUCUGCGGUAUAUGAGGAGCCAGUGACAGUGAUGAACUCCGAGCAGGAAAGGCCGUUCGUGUGCAGCGCCCCGGGCUGCUCUCAGAGAUUCCCCACAGAGGAUCAUCUAAUGAUUCAUCGGCACAAGCACGAGAUGACCCUUAAAUUCCCCUCCAUCAAAAAUGACAACAUGCUGUCAGACCAGACACCAACCCCGACACGCUUCUUGAAGAACUGUGAGGAGGUGGGUCUCUUCAGCGAGCUGGACUGCUCCAUCGAACAGGAGUUUUGCAAGGCUCAGGAGGAGGAGGACAGCAAACAGAAUAUCACUCUUCAUGGGCAAGGGGGCCCUAACCAGCACCAGCAGACCCACUCAAGAAUGUCCAACCACGACAGCAGCAUAGUGAUCCAGCAGGCACUGCCUUCGCCCCAGUCCAGUUCUGUCAUCACUCAAGCCCCUUCCACCAACAGACAGAUUGGCUGUUUAGACUCUCAUUCUGAUGGCACCCAUUCACUGCAGAGGAUCCACUGGCCAGUUCCCGGUUCUCUUUCCUCGUUGUUGCACCUGAGGAACAGACAGCGGCAGCCACUACCGGCCUCCAUGCCUGGCACUUUGCCUGACCCGACUAUGCAAGGAUCGUCUGCUGUUCUGAUGCCUAUGGAGAGGCAAAUGUCUAUGGGUUCCAACAUGAUGGGCAUGCAAGGCCCCGCCCACAACAGCUCAUGCUCCUCCCCUCAUGUUCCAUCCAUGCACUCAGAAGCAAAGCUGAGACUGAAAGCUGCCCUUGCCCACCAUCCAGGGGGCAUGGCGAAUGGCAGCAUGAACUCCAUGGGUCACAUGAUGGAGAUGAUGCCAUCGCGGCAGGAUCAGGCCGCUCACCACCACCUGCACUCUCACCCUCACCAGCACAUGCAGGGCCCACCCCACGGAUACCCACACCAUGCCCACCACCACCCCAGCCAUGCACAGAGCGCCCAUCACCACCCACAAAGCCACGGGCACCACAACUCCCAUCCGCCCCACCUGCACCCUGCACACGGACAUCAGACCUCUCCACACCAAACCAUGCACUCUGCUGCUUCACAGUUAUCUCCAGCUGCGCAGCAAAUGCAGCCGACGCAGACCCUUCAGUCCCCACCACCCAGCGGAGGCCGCCGCAGGCGGGUCGUGGAUGAGGACCCCGACGAACGCAGAAGAAAGUUCCUGGAAAGGAAUCGCGCAGCCGCCACACGCUGCAGACAGAAGAGGAAAGUGUGGGUGAUGUCACUAGAAAAGAAAGCAGAGGAGCUCACCCAAACCAACAUGCAGUUGCAGAACGAGGUCACCAUGCUAAAGAACGAGGUGACACAACUGAAACAGCUUUUAUUGACACAUAAGGACUGUCCCAUCACCGCCAUGCAGAAAGAGUCUCAAGGUUACCUCAGAAUCAAGAAUCACAAAUGAGAUCUCUUUGCUAUCUGAGUUAUGUUUCCUAAACUACAAGUAUAUGGAUGGAUGGAUGGAUGGAUGGAUGGAUGGAUUGAUGGAUGGAUAGACAGACUUAUGGUUGGAUAAAUGGACAUGGAUGGAUGGAUGGAUGGAUGGACACAGACAUAUCAUGGGUGGAUGGAUGAAUGGAUGAAUGAACGAAUGGAUAGAUGGAUGGAUGGAUGAACAUAUGUUGGUUGGUUGGUUGGUUGGAUGCAUGGAUGGAUGAAGGACAGAUAGAUAGACAUAUGGAUGGAUAAAUGGAUUGAUGUGCAGAUAGAUGGAUGGAUGCAUGGAUCUACAAAUAGAGAGAUGGAUGGAUUGAAUGGAUGGAUGAACAUAUGGUUGGUUAGAUGCAUGGAUGAAUGAAGGACAGAUAGACAUAUGCACGGAUAAAUGGAUUGAUGGCAGAUGGAUGGAUAGAUGGAUGCAUGGAUCUACAAAUAGACGGACAGACGGAUGGAUAGAUGGAUGGAUGGAUGGAUGGAUGAACAUAUGGUUGGUUGGUUGGAUGGAUGGAUAAAGGACAGAUAGAUAUAUGGAUGGAUGGAUGGAUGGAUAGAUAAACAUGGUUGAUUGGAUGGAUGGAUGGAUGAAGGACAGAUAGACAUG